AUGGCCACUCUUCAAAGCCGUUUGCUCGGAGUUCUGCGGGCUGGGCUCGGGCAUCAGCUUCAGUUCAGCACGGCUCCUCUCUGGUGGAGGAAGGGCCGGCCGCGGACGGUGCACCGCAGCUACGCGGAGGUGGAGCUGUUGUCUCGUUUGGCAGAGCUGCUGAUGCCGCAAAAGCCCAUUGGUGAGUGCUUCCGGGAUUUCCCGGUAGAGCUGUCCGAGGCAUGGGGAUCGCGAUGGUUGAGUCCGGACAUCUCUGCAUUUGGUGUGCUAAAGGAGGACCAUGCAGCUCUUUUUGUCGAGUACGAUGGGUGCUUUCGCCAUUCUGAGCCCCAGGGGUGGCAGAGGGACGAGCGCAAGACCGAAGCUCUGCUUGCGUACGCGCCAGCGGGUUCGCACGUCUUGCGGAUAGGUCAUGUAGGUAGGGGUCUGGGAGCGACCGACGCUUCGAGAGAAGCCAUGAUCGAUGUGUGGCGAGCGGGACACUCGUCCUCAGUGAAGAAUGCCUUGCACCAAGCCACGCGAACCCUCCUCACUAACCUCGAAGGCAGGCUUCAACAUGAAGUGCAGGAACGUCUCUAUGCUCUUCAGGGCGACAAGCCACAGCCAGGUUUUGACAAGGCGUGCAAGUUUUUAAAUGAGGCCGUGCUCACCAGAGAUGUCGAGAGUAAGAAGGCUAACGUGCUUGCCUUUUUAGAAGGGGAGCUGGAGCUCUCAAGAAACACAAUCCAGGCUUUGGAAAGCAAGUUUCCAAGAAUUUGGGGUAUCAGCAUCGAGUCCAGAUUGAAACCCAAGGUGGCCUGGCUUGAGGGUGUUGGGCUGAGCCGGCAGCAAGUGGCCAAAGUUGUUGCUCGCUUUCCUCAAGUGUUGGGUCUCAGCAUCGAGGCCAAUCUGAAACCCAGAGUGGCCUGGCUGGAGGGUAUCGGGUUGAGCCGACAACAGGUUGUCAAGAUGAUUGCCACUUCUCCUGGUGUCCUUGGCUACAGCUUUGUGGCCAAUCUAUCACUUAAGCAUCAACUGUUGCAGGGCGUCUUCUGCGACAACGAUAUUUGCCGCAUGCUUGUGUACCUUCCUCCCAUGCUGGGCUACAGCUUCAAGCGCCUGCAUCAUCGCUUGCAUGUCCUGCAGAAGAGCAGCCAGACGGAAAAACUGGCUGCGACCAUGACGCUGACCGACAAGCGUUUUGCGCAGCGAUUCGGUGCUUGA